CAAUCGCGCCGCCCGUGGAUGCUCGAGGCGGAGAUCGAGCAGCUGAGGGCGUCUCCGCUCACUUCGAUCUUCAUCCUAACUCUCCUCACCACCGUCGUCCUCCGCAAGCUGUACCAGCUCCAACUCAAGCUGGCGACGAAAAAGGACUGAGUCAUGGACGUUUGGCGCCGCGCCUUCGUCUCCGCCGCCUCCUCCUCGGUGAGGUUCGAGACCGUCGAUGUCUUUUCAUCGCACAAGUUUGGCGGGAACCAGCUCGCGGUGGUGCUCGACGAGCAGCGGCGUCUGUCGGACGACGUCAUGCGGCGGAUCGCCAUCGAGUUUGGCUUCUCCGAGACGACAAUCGUGCUGCCUCCAAAGUCCGAGGCCAACACCGCGUGGGUGCGCAUCUUCUCAAAGGACGGCGACGAGAUGCCCUUCGCCGGCCACCCGAACGUCGGCACGGCGACGGUGCUCGCGUGGCGCCGGAGCAUCUUCGGGAAGGAAGUCCGAGGGACGGUCCUGCUCGAGGAGAAGGCUGGGCUGGUCCCGCUCGAGCUGAUCGAAGACGAGGCGGGGCGGCCGGUUGGCGCCACGCUCACCGCCCCGGAGCCCUUCUCGCUCUCCUCGCCUCCCCUCCCCGCAGAGGCGGCGGCUGCGCUGAUCGGCCUCGAGGCGAGCGAGAGAUUUCUGGCACUAAACAUAAAAGCGAGUGACGUCUGCGCCGCGCGCCACCCGCCGCUGGCGGCGUCCACCGGGCUGCCCUUCCUCCUCGUCGAGCUGUCCAGCCUCGCGGCUCUGGGGGGGUCGCGCGGCGUGCCCUCCGCCUUCGAGGCUCUGGCAGCGGGAGGGGCGGCGACUCUGCUGCCUCCCAAGGUGCUCGCCUACGUUCGGCUCGACGGCUCGGGCGGCGGGGCGGCGAGGCUGGAGGGCGGCGAGGCGGCGAGGCUGGAGCUGCGCGCCCGCAUGCACCGCGCCGACGGCAGCGAGGACGCGGGGACGGGCAGUGCAAACUGCGCGCUGGCCGGCUUGCUCGCGAGCCUCGACGGCACCCCGCCAGGGCUGGUGCGGGCGCGAGUCAUGCAGGGCGUGGAGAUGGGAAGGCCAAGCGAGCUGCUCGCCGAGGCGGAGCGGAAGGGCGCCGGGGCGGGCGCGGAGGCGGUGGGGAGGGUGCGCGUGGGCGGGAUGUGCGCCGCCGUGAGCCGCGGGGAGCUCUUGGGGUGGUGAGCUCUGUACUGUUGGCGCCCGCAGCCUAAGCGUCCACCCCAUGGUACACCGUACAGUUUUACCAUGGUACUAUUAU